AUGGGGAUAUUUAGCAGGAAAGGACCUUCUGGGUUUUCUCCCUCUUCUACAGCAGAGGAAGUUACUGAAGGGAUUGAUGGAACUGGUCUGACUGCCAUUGUUACAGGAGCCUCAAGUGGUAUCGGUGCAGAGACAUCACGUGUUCUUGCGUUGCGUGGUGUUCAUGUUGUUAUGGCAAUAAGGAACAUGGAUGCUGGGGCCAAAGUCAAAGAAGCAAUCCUUGAAGAAAUCUCCAACGCUAAGAUUGAUGUCAUGGAGUUGGACCUGAGCUUGUUGGCAUCUGUAAGAAAAUUUGCAGCAGAUUUUAACUCCUCCGGCCUUCCAUUGAACAUUCUUAUUAACAAUGCAGGGGUAGGAGCAUCUCCAUUCAAGCUUUCUCAAGACAGCAUAGAGCUGCUGUUUGCAACCAACCAUUUAGGCCAUUUUCUUCUCACCAAUCUUCUGUUGGAGACCAUGAAAAGCACAUCACGAGAAAGCAACAUAGAGGGGAGAAUUGUUAAUGUAUCAUCACUACUUCAUCCAUAUGGUUACCGUGAAGGAAUUCGUUUCGAUAAAAUCAACGAUGAAUCAGGGUACAACAGAUACUACAAUUAUGCGCAAUCCAAGCUUGCUAACAUCCUACAUGCCAAUGAGCUUACAAGGCUUCUCAAGGAAGAAGGGGUAGAGAUAACAGCUAAUUCUCUACAUCCUGGAGCAAUAGGAACGAAUAUUACGCGCCAUGAUAGCUUUUUACAAUGUAUCUUCAGUGUGCUGGGUAUAUUUUUCUCUAAAACUAUCCAACAGGGAGCGGCAACGACAUGCUUUGCAGCACUCCAUCCACAAGUUAAGGGAGUAGGCGGCGUAUACUUUUCAGACUGUAACAUUGCCAAACCGAGCUCUCAGGCAAAAGAUGUAGAUUUGGCUACCAGGCUCUGGGAUUUUAGCUUGAGUUUGACCGAUGCCAAGUAGUAGGGCAUUUUAAUCCUUGCUGGUUAAUGUUGUGGGUUUUCUGCACUGUUCGUUAUGAAAUCAAUUGCCAACUUGCAAACUAUAAUCAAAUGCUGGUCUCAAACUACUUCACAUUUGUACCAUAUUUGUAAUUUAUGAUCUUCAAUCUA